GCCGCGGCGUCUGCAGAACCUUGGACAGAAGCAGGGAGCUGCCGCCGCGCCGAGCCGCGCGGAGCCCCGGGUCCGCGGCGCGCAUUGCAGAGGGCCUGGAACGCAGCGGCUGCGCCUGCCGCGGGAGCCUGCCUGCGGAUCCGCAGGGCUACACGCGUCGUGUCCCGGGAGCGCCUCCUUUCUCUCUGCGGCCACUACAGGCUCGGUAAGCUUUUUAUCUCCUCCGGCCGGCAGGCUGGGCGCGCAGGGCUGCCGGCCCCUGCCGGGCGCGCAGUGGCACCAUGGGCACGGUGCUGUCCCUGUCCCCCAGCUAUCGGAAAGCCACACUGUUUGAGGAUGGCGCGGCCACCGUGGGCCACUACACGGCCGUGCAGAACAGCAAGAACGCCAAGGACAAGAACCUGAAGCGGCACUCCAUCAUCUCGGUGCUGCCUUGGAAGAGGAUCGUGGCGGUGUCAGCGAAGAAGAAGAACUCCAAGAAGGCGCAGCCCAACAGCAGCUACCAGAGCAACAUCGCGCACCUCAACAAUGAGAACCUAAAGAAGUCGCUGUCGUGUGCCAACCUGUCCACAUUCGCCCAGCCCCCGCCGGCCCAGCCGCCCGCACCCCCAGCCAGCCAGCUUUCUGGCUCCCAGACUGGGGUCUCCUCUUCUGUCAAGAAGGCCCCGCACCCUGCCAUCACCUCUGCAGGGACACCCAAACGGGUCAUCGUCCAGGCGUCCACUAGCGAGUUGCUGCGCUGCCUGGGUGAAUUUCUCUGUCGCCGGUGCUACCGCCUGAAGCACUUGUCCCCAACGGACCCCGUGCUCUGGCUGCGCAGCGUGGACCGCUCCCUGCUUCUGCAGGGCUGGCAGGACCAAGGUUUCAUCACACCGGCCAAUGUGGUCUUCCUCUACAUGCUCUGCAGGGAUGUAAUCUCGUCUGAGGUGGGCUCAGACCACGAGCUCCAGGCUGUCCUGCUGACCUGUCUGUACCUCUCCUAUUCUUACAUGGGCAAUGAAAUCUCCUACCCGCUCAAGCCCUUCCUGGUGGAGAGCUGCAAGGAAGCCUUUUGGGACCGUUGCCUCUCAGUUAUCAACCUCAUGAGCUCCAAGAUGCUGCAGAUUAAUGCUGACCCGCACUACUUCACACAAGUGUUCUCUGACUUGAAGAAUGAGAGCGGUCAGGAGGACAAGAAGCGACUCCUCCUGGGGCUCGAUCGGUGAGCUGCUGUGGCCGGAAUCCUGGCUCAAGGGUUCCAUUCGUUUUUUUUAAGAUUUAUUACUAAAAGAAUCAAGUUUUGUGUACAGUAUGUGUCUAGAAAAGCCACCAAGGGCCUCUUCCCAUGUUCUUUCCUUGGGGUUCUUUUUUAGCCCUUUCAAGAACUCUGGGACUUUCGAACUGAUGAACCUCGUGCGAACCCAGGAGAUGCAUUCAGAGCCACUUUGGCUGCGGGCCACUCACUUUCCGGGACUCAAGGGACUGACUUGCCCAUGUCACCUGUACCCGUGAUGGAUCCAGGGUAGAUGAGGCUUCCCACUGUCCUACGGAGCUGGGCCCCAGGGCUGGUGGCCCAGGAGGAAUCGGCCCUUUUCUGGGUAUUGUUUCAUUCUCUCAAAGGCCCCUGGAGCCAGCCGUCCUGACUCAGGAUCCAGGAGGUUGUGAGGCAAGAUCUCCACUGCCCUGGGGCAUCCGAGCCGGAGCCUGGGAGCCGGUCUGAUGCCAAGAUUGUUGAUGACUAUUGACCAGGCCCGGCCCUGGUGUGCUGCUUGCUAUUUUAGGGAGAAGGGCUUUCCUUUAGUGGCAGGAUGGAGCUCCCCUCCCUGUCCUUUUGUCUCUGCUCCCACGUUAGCGGUGGCUAAUGAGGAAUCAUUGGAUUCCUCUCCCAUUUUGGGUCCCAGCUAAGGGAUGAGGUGAAGCUAGGGGCAGUCCCUUUCCUGAGUGAGCUUUUCAUUGAACAACACAGUUCAGUCACCCUCUGUAAAAAGCUAGGACAGCAGCAGGGACCCAGUCCCUAGCAACGUCCCCUUCUGGGCAGGUGGGCGUCCGUGCCUGAGACCGAGUGCUCACUUAGAUGCUCAGGCCCCUUGCUGGUGCAUACGAUACUUGUUCUGUGUGUCUGCGGGAAGGUGAGGUCAGUGGUUAGGGGUGAUGCAGUUUUGCUGUCUCCCACCCCUGCCCCUCCCUGAUUUUAAGUCGUUUCCAAGCAGUUCCGUGUCUCCUCAGAGGCUUUGCUCUGUGCAGCCUACGGAGACAGCUGCAUUUGGAGACAAUUACAAGAUUCAAGUGUGACUCCUGAUCAGUUUGGAAGCUUGGUGACUGUCCAGCUGAACACCCCCAGCUGCCGGCUGUGGUGCCCACCUAUCCCUGUCACUACAUAACACACUCCGGACUUUUAAGGGUUUUUCUUUCUAAUUUUCCCAGACUGGUGGCUUGGGGUUUGGAAGCGGUCCAAGAGAAGGGAGCGAGUCUUCCUGCACGGCCCUCACUCCAGCUUUGGGGAACAAAGAGCAAUGUGAAGACACUACGGAGGGUUUCCUCUUCCUCUCUUGCUCCCCCGGGGGUGCUGGGGCUGGGGGCUACAGUGGGGGAAGGCAGAGGUUAUCUUGCAUAGGAUUAGGUUCUAGGUGGCUGCCAACUUCAUGCACAAGCACUACUGAAAAAAUCAUAGAGAGAAAGCUGUGAAAUUGAGGUCUCAAUGGGAGAGGCCCGGCAGAGCCUUUCAGCCCACGGAUUCACAGAGGCGGGAAGAGGACCUGAUGGACCAGAGAGCCUUUCCCCAGUCUCUCAUCCGGGUUCCUCGAGAGCGGAUCCUGGGUGCUCCGACGGUCUGACAAGGGGCUGGGAAGCCCCGCAAGGCUUGCUGCAGCCCAUCGCAGAUCCUGCUGCCAGGGGCCCUGGGGCGCAGUUGGAAGACAAGCUUCAGGUGUGCAGUCCGAGGAGGAAGAGGAGGAGGAGGAGGGCGGCGCGUUUGUAGCCUGCCAGCCGCUGACACUGGCCCGGAACUGUUUCACGGAGCUGCAGUAACAGGAUUCCAGCUUUGUUGACUGUUUGCCUUCUCUUUGUACUUAGUUUUUAAAAAAAUUUUUUUUUUCUGAGAAGGUGCAUAUUUCAGAAGUGGUCGGCAGCUGAGGAAAAGCUCCUUAGUUCCGUUGUGAAGCCCGUGUCCUCUCCCCUUGCAUUGGUUUUCAGUACUGUGUAAAGGAACGACUGCUAGACUGACGAGAACCCAUCUGACAUGCUGCUAUGGUGAAGACACUUUUAGAACACACACACACACACACACACACACACACACACAAGAUAGAAAUGAAAAAAAAAAGAAAAAUGUGAAAAAAAAUCUACAAAAACCUCUUUAUUCUUGUUGCUUUUACAGUGGUACUGUGCAUGCGAACCAGGAGCAUUUUGUGUCUUAAGAAAAAUAACCUUAGAGCAGAUGGCCGGCCGUGGGAAUCACGCGCCCCGAGAACGGGCCACAGGAGCAUAGUUCAGGACUGGAUUUUCCUCUUUUCCUUACAACCGUGAAGGGUUGAUGUAUUCUUUCCAUGCAGUUAUUAGACUUUAGUUUUGUUCCAGCAGUGUUAAACUUGCAAUGAGAAGAAAAUGUGCCAUUCCCUGCCCAGAAUUACCCACAGCUGUACAUCCGAUACUGCUAAUUACACACACCUGAUGGUUUUUGUUUUGUUAAUUUUUUUAUUUUUUUAGUGAAAUUUCUUCUGUAGCUAUUCUUUGACCAAACUGUGGAUACUGUUAAUAUUAAUUUAUAUUUGUCUCAUUUUGUAUGUAUGUAAGGCGUGUUUGUGAGUAUGUAUGGUUUAUAAUCUGACAAGAGUCAUGAAGCUCAGUUUGGCUGUAAUUUAAUUCCCCUUCCCUUAUUUUUAUUUAUUUUUGUACUGUGCUGAUUCAAUAAAAUGCACUGACCAUCUAUCACA